GGUAUGGGCGGCCUUGCCACCGCACUGGCAUUGGCAAAGCACGGUUUCCGGCACAUUGAUGUUUUCGAAAGCGCAUCGAACCUGGGUUUCGUGGGUGCGGGCAUCCAGCUCGCGCCAAAUAUGGCACGAAUUCUCGACAGACUGGGUGUUUGGAAAGACAUCGAGAGGGAAGCAGUGCAAUUGAGAGACACCACCAUACGACAAGGCUCAACGGAUGAAGUGCUCGGCCACGUUGACCUCGCCUACGUUGAAGCAACUUACAAAUACCCGCACAUGGUUGGUCACCGCUCAUCGCUGGCUGAGUCAAUGUACGACGGCUGUAAACGAGAGAAAGCAGUGAACUUCUUCUGGUCUACUGCUGCCUCGGACGUCCAGUCUUUCGGGCCAAAACCAUCAUUCACAGCGAUUCCGCGAAAAGGCGGCGAACCCUACACGGUCCAGUGCGACGUGCUAUUCGCGGCUGAUGGCGUGAAGUCCGUGAUCCGUGAUCAGAUGCUACGUCUCAAGAAUGUAAACGCGAAGAUCAUCGAUACCGGUCAGGCCGCGUACCGGAUCAUGCUCCGACGUGAGGAGCUCGAGAACGAUCCAGAACUCCUCGAGCUCAUUGAGAAGGACUCCGUAACCCGAUGGAUCGGCGAAAAGCGGCAUAUCAUUGCGUAUCCGGUGUCGAAUAAGCAGAUCUACAAUCUGAGCACAACCCAGCCAGAUGUCAACUUUGCUGCUGCACCUUCUGCCACGUACACCACCAAAGGCAGCAAGCCAGAAAUGAUGCAGGUUUUCGGCGAUUACUGCCCGAAGAUUCGGCGCAUGUUGGAUUUGGUACCGGACGGCGAGGUUUGCGAAUGGAAGCUGCGCGUCCAUGAACCGCUACCUUUCUGGGUCUGCGAACAGACGGCGCUCGUUGGCGAUGCUUGCCAUCCGACUCUACCACACCUGGCGCAGGGUGCAGCACAGGCUAUCGAGGAUGGUGCGGUCAUAGCUGUCGUGCUGUCGAAGUUACCAGAGAUCACGCCUCAAGCAAUCAACAAGGCGCUGCGGGUAUAUGAGAAGGUGCGAAUGCAGCGCGCGUACGCUCUCGUGGAGAUGGCAGCGGCGUCAGGGCGAGCGAUGCAUCUCGGAGAGGGUGCGGCGAAGGCGGAGCGUGACCGGCAAUUUGCAGCGUUGAAGAACGGCAAGGGUCCGGUCCCGGACAAGUGGGCUGAUGCGGACGUACAAAAGGUGAUUUACGGUACAGACGUGAUGCAGGUCGCCGAGGAAGACUUCGAUAGUAUAUACGCCAGUCUAGAAUAGAUGAGAGCAGUCUAUUUGGGGAGCUAUAGCGAUCCGGCCUGCGGUGUGUCAAGCUAAUGAUGUUAAGACUGCUGGAUCAAUCGACGUCGAAAGCUCUCCGCUGAUACACAUACAUCAACU